UUUACUAUGUAGGUUACCACAAAAAUGCCGGCUAGAAGAGGUGCUAAGUGCUCGUAUUUAGACUGUUCCUCUACGUGGAAGGACAACAUUGUGCUUUUCCAUUUUCCAAAAAAUGACUCCCUCUGCCGAAAAUGGAUUUUGAAUAGUGGAAACAGUGCUCUAGCUCCUCUACAAGGUGACGAGCUAAGGAAUAAGUUUCUUUGUAAGAAGCAUUUCAAAGCUUCGGAUAUUUCAAACACCACUGCUCACCGGACAAGGCUCCAUCCAAAUGCAAUGCCGAUAAAAUUCAACGAAGAUUCCGUAACUACCAAAAAGCAAGCAAGCAGACCAGAACUUCUUAUUACUGAUGACGAAAUAUCCUAAUCAUCGUCCUCCUCGUCUAUCAAGCGGUAUUUAGAAGACGUAUGCGACUUGCCGGAUGCACCAAGGACAAAGAGACUGUGUUUAAAUGAAUCAAGACGCUUUAAAAAGUUAUCGCUCAAGCUAAGUCAGAAAACAUCUCACCUGCGACGGGCGCAAAUACAAAAUUCAAAACAGAAGAGGACGGUUUUAAAAUAAAAACAACAAUUAGCCACGACCAACAUGUUCAGUUCUAUUAUGCAUAAGUCCGAUUCUGUAAAAGCUAUGUUCUCCAUGCAAUUUUUACACAAGAAAAGAAUGCCCUGGACUCGAACAGAAAAAAAAUUUGCAUUGGCUUUUUACUACAGUUCGCCGGCAUCUUAUAAACUAUUUAAACGCAAUGGUUUCGUACUUCCUGCACUAUCAACAAUCAGAGGAUGGAUCGGAGAGUCCAGAUUCUUUCCAGGCACCGAUAAAAAGUUUGCACAACAACUUAAAUUAAAAACCGAGAGCAUGGAACGUAUAGAAAAGCAAUGUGUUCUAGCAUUUGAUGAAGUGGAUUUGAUGGCAAAGCUGGAAUAUUCGAAACCUUAUGAUUUCAUUGAAGGAUUCGAGGAUGUUGGGCAUUUGGGCAGAACUAAGGUUGUAGCCAAGAAAGCUCUAGUGUUUAUGACAAGGGGUCUCUUCAGCAAAUGGAAAUUGCCUUUUGCAUAUUAUUUAUCGGGUAGUGGCAUAAAAAAGGAACAGCUGCAUGUUUUAAUUAAAUACACAAUCGAGGAACUCCAAAAGUGCGGUUUAGUUGUUAGAGCUGCUGUUUGUGACCAGGCGACCACCAACGUGGCGGCUUUAAAGCUUCUAGGUGUUACAGAAGAUAAACCAUACAUCGACACGUACGAACAGAAAAUAAUUUUCAUAUACGAUGCGCCACAUUUAUUCAAAAAUUUUCGUAACAAUUUGUUAGAUGGAGAUUAUCAAGUAGAUGUGCAUGGCAAAAAACGUCUCAUUAAGUACAACGAUAUUGCAAGAACAUAUGAGUUAGAUAAAAUGGGUAAGGCAAGAGCAAUGGUGAAAUUAACGGAUGCACACAUAUCACCUAAUUCUUUUCAAAAACAGUCGUGCAAAUUAGCGUUGCAGGUGUUUAGCCAUACUGUAUCUGCUGCAAUAAAAACGUGUACUGAAACAGGCCAGCUAAAAAGUGAAUCUGCUAUAGAUACAGCUAACUUUAUUUCGUUAAUGAACAAUACGUUUGAUAACUUAAAUAGUAAAAUUAAAUACGAUAAAAAUCCAUACAUAUAGACGUGCAAUUAGUGACGAAAAUGUGGAAGUUCUAGAAACCCUAACCACUUGUAAACAGUUUGUAAAAAACUUGUCAAAAAUCAAUUCUAAAGGGAAAAUUACUAGACCACCAUGCUUUUCCGGUUUAAUACAAACUAUCAACGGCGUUGUACUCCUUCAUGACGAAUGUAAAAAAAGUACAUUUAAUUACAUAUUAACGAAUCGGUUGUGCCAGGACGUACUCGAAAAUUAUUUUUCUGUCGUUCGCAAAAGGGGUGGCUUCAAUAGAAAUCCAACAUGUAGAGUUUUUAGAACAGUAUUUAGAUCAUCGGUCAUUAAUUGUAUAACUCCAUCCGAAUACGCGAACUGUGAAAUUGAUGAAGAUGAGUACUUAAGCACCGCUCCUGACCAAACUACUUUGAGUUUGAAUGCCCACGAACAUGACUCCGAAAGCGUGUCCAUUAGUGAUAAUGAUAACAUUUGUAGUGAAGAAUGUUCAGAACUUGACAGUGAAAAGAACACCGACACCGAAAUUCAGAUAUCGCAACCCGUCACUAUUGAAGAUUGUGCAAUAAACUACUUUGCUGGUUAUGUUUGUAGCAAAACCGCUAAAAAGUUUGAUUGUGAAACGUGUUCUGAAAAAUUUUCACUCCAAAGUGCAGAUCAAGACAAGCUUCAGUUAUAUAUUUCAAACAAAAUGUAUAAGAAGCAAGACACU